AUGAAGAUCACCGAGGCGAUGAAGCUGGUGGCCGCCGCCAAGGUCCGCCGCGCCCAGGCCGCCGUGGUCAACGGCCGCCCCUUCUCCGAGAACCUGAUCAAGGCGCCGCAAGGGCAGGCGGGCAGCGGCGGCGCACGGGGCGGGGCGAUCGCGGCGGCCGUGAUCUUUGUCCUGUACGGCGUGAACCAGCGCCUGCGCGUGGAGGACGUUGACAGCCCCCUGUGCGACAUCCGCCCCGUGAAGAGCGUGCUGCUGGUGGUGCUGAGCGGUGACCGCGGCCUGUGCGGCGGCUACAACAACUUCAUCAUCAAGAAGACCGAGGCGCGCCACCGCGAGCUCAAGGCCCUGGGCCUGGACGUGAAGCUGGUGCUUGUGGGCCGCAAGGCGCAGCAGUACUUCGGCCGCCGCCCGCAGUACAACGUCGUGAGGAACUUCACCCUGGGGGCCGCGCCCACGACUCGUGAGGCCCAGGCCGUGGCCGACGAGAUCUUUGCCGACUUUGUGUCCAAGGAGGUUGACAAGGUGGAGCUGGUGUACACCAAGUUCCUGUCCCUCAUCGCCUCCAACCCCACCAUCCAGACGCUGCUGCCGCUGACCCCCACCGGGGAGCUGUGCGAUGUGGAGGGCAACUGCGUGGACGCUGCGCAGGACGAGAUGUUCCGCCUCACCACCAGCGGCGGCAAGCUCAGCGUGGAGCGCGAGAAGGUGGGGGGCGGCUGCUGCGAGCAUGCGCGCGCGUGGAGGUGUCCACCCCCGAGCUGGACCCCGGGCUGA